AUGUCGAAUGCCCCCCCACAACGUCGCAAGAGUCAACGAUCUAUGACAAAGAAUUUGCCUGUCAUUCGACAGGAGGGGUACAAUAUCGCUGGAAAUCCCUCUACCUCACAGCUAGCAACACCAGCUCACGCACGAGCACCAGCAACACCACCUCCCGCACCAGCACCAGCAACACCACCUCCCGCACCAGCACCAGCAACACCACCUCCCGCACCAGCACCAGCAACACCACCUCCCGCACCAGCAACACCAGCUCCCGCACCAGCACCAGCAACACCAGCUCCCGCACCAGCACCAGCAACACCAGCUCCUGCACGAGCACCUGCAACACCAGCUCCCGCAUGA